GAGCUCGUCCUGUUAGAGGCGUUUUUCUGUUAAUAAUUUAUUUUAAAAAAAAGGGAGGAAGAAAAUACAGUGGGGACUUGUUGAAGGAGGAGGAAGUGGAGGCAUCAUACAUGUUGUAUGCUUAUAAAUACCCGUAAAUGCUCCCUUACCAAAUCUCAUUGCUUCUCCUUCUCUCUCUUCUUCCUUCACCUGAUACAAUACAAGUUGCAGUCAAAAUAUUCCUUUGGAUUGUUUCAAAUACAAGCAAGUAAAGGAAAUGAAGUACGUUCUAGUCACCGGAGGAGUGGUGAGUGGACUCGGCAAAGGAGUCACUGCAAGCAGCAUCGGCCUUCUUCUCAAGGCUUGUGGCCUCCGUGUUACCUCUAUCAAAAUUGACCCUUAUUUAAAUACUGAUGCUGGAACCAUGUCCCCUUUCGAGCAUGGUGAGGUGUUCGUGUUAGAUGAUGGUGGCGAGGUGGACCUUGACCUGGGAAAUUAUGAACGGUUUCUAGAUAUCAAGCUGACCCGUGAUAAUAACAUUACUACAGGAAAGAUUUAUCAGUAUGUGCUUGAGAAAGAGAGAAAAGGAGAUUAUUUGGGAAAAACUGUUCAGGUUGUUCCUCACAUUACAGAUGCGAUUCAAGAGUGGAUUGAGCGCGUGGCUGUGGUACCUGUGGAUGGGAUGGCAGGUCCAGCUGAUGUCUGUGUCAUAGAAUUGGGUGGAACUGUAGGCGAUAUUGAGUCCAUGCCAUUUAUUGAGGCUCUGGGGCAAUUCUCCUACCGUGUAGGUCCUGGCAACUUUUGCUUGAUUCAUGUCAGCCUUGUGCCUGUAUUAAAUGUUGUUGGCGAACAGAAAACAAAACCAACCCAGCACAGUGUUCGAGGACUCCGAGGCCUGGGUUUGACACCGCACAUCUUAGCUUGCCGAAGCACAACAGCACUGGAUGAGAGUGUAAAGGGGAAACUCGCUCAGUUUUGCCAUGUUCCAAAAGAAAAUAUCUUCACGCUCUAUGAUGUUCCUAAUAUCUGGCACAUUCCUUUGCUUUUGAAAGAACAGAAGGCUCAUGAAGCUAUUUUCAGAGUGUUGAACCUUCUAGAUACUUCUAAGGAGCCUUCCUUGGGAGAAUGGAUAUCAAGGGCUAAAAUAUGUGACACAUUACAUGUGCCGGUUAGAAUUGCCAUGGUUGGGAAGUAUACGGGCCUUUCAGAUUCCUAUCUCUCCGUAAUCAAGGUAAAUUGAAAAGUUAACAUCUCUUCUAAGUUCAAAUUAAACAUAAACUAGAAAUGAAUGCGCUCUUGAUCUGAUGCCCUCUUUUGAGAUGAAUUCUAAAUAUGGGGUUCUUUUGUGACACUAAGGCAUCAUGCUGUGUGCAUGUGUGUGCAUUUGGGACUUGUGAAUGAAUUUCUCAGUUUCGAGGCAUUACAUGUAGAGAGUUAUGCUUUUGUGAUACCUGUUCCUCUGCUUUUCAGCGGAUGCAUAUUAAUUUCUUCCAUUUUUGAUUUGGUUCUAUUGAUGCUUUGAUUUUCUUUUCUUUGUUUGCUAUAUGUUCAAUUGAUGAGUAGAAUUAGUUAUAACUUAAAAUCAUCUCUUUGAUGUCACUGCAUGGACUGAAAAUUUCAUAAGCAAUAUAGAAGGUUUAGUUAUGACUUCAAGUCCUUUCUUUCGUAAUUGCUUCCUAAAUUUUGAGCUCAUUAGGCUUGUAGUCUCUGUUCACAGUUUGGUGCAAAAUUCUUCUAGAAAAUGCCUCCUAAGGUUUUAGUACUUUUAUUUAAUAUAUUUCUUACAUGCAUGAAUACAGUUAUCAGUGAUAUUAUUUCCUGAAUGCGGAUGGGAACAAUUUUUCUGUACAUAUAUCAUGAACUAUUUCCAAGCAAGUUCUGUGAAUUCAGGAUUCAGGCUUUUGGGAGCAGGGAGGGAGUAAGGGUAGGCAUGAUUUUGUUUGACUACACUAGUAGUACUGCUAACUAACUGAACUAACAAUUUAGCUAUUAAACAGCCCAAGCAAAAUGAAACCAAAUUAAUUGAUUAAUGAGAAGAUUCAGUUAACUAAUAGUUUGGAUGGUAAAAAGAAGAAAAAAAAUAGAAAGGAACUACGAAGAAAUGUGAGUUUAGGAGAGAGAGAAAAAGAGAGAGGAUGAGUGAAGCUCAUGGUGUUGAGUGGUCACUGUAUAUUGGCUGCAACAAGGGAGACCAGGUGACAAGCCAUGCAGCAGGAUGGUGAUAGCAGCACAAGGUUUUUGGGGUGUAACAUUUAGAGAAGAGGAAAGGAGCAAGAAUAAAAAAUGAAA